AUGAACAUUUCGCGCUUUUUAAAUCCAGUUGAUCCCAGCGAGAAAAUCAACACAAUUUCGCACAAAAGAAAGCAUGAAGAAACAAAUGAAGUCGAAAAACUCCCCAAAAUCGAGCCUAAACAAGCAAUCUCACCUUUUGAUUAUUUCAAAUCAAUAAAGCCAAAAGUAUUAGAAGAAGAGAAAAAAGAAAUUGCUAUAAAAGCUGAGGAAAAAGAAGUAAAUGAUAGCGAAUCUAGCAGCGAAAGUGAAGAAGCUUUAAUUAUGAAACUUUAUUCUGAUAGGAAUUAUAAGCUGGAAAAAGAGAAAAUUAAGACUCCUCAGAGGGAAGAAAUUUAUAAAGAAAAUUUUGUGGAUGAGUCUUUGAGAUUUGUGGAAAAUGAUAAAGAUAAAGAAAUUGAGGUCUCAAAAGAGAAAUUGGAAGAUAAUUCUCCAAAAGUAGUAAAAAAACAACAGCAAAUUCGACAGUUUAACUUUGGACCUGCAAAACCUGCCUCAGAUGAAACUAAUUCUUCAACUCCAGCUCUAUCAAUAAUCUCUCCUAUUAAGCCAUUAAAAUCUCUUCCCAAAAAGACUCAAAAAGGUGAGCUACUUUCUGAUAAAUAUUCCCCAAAAUGUUUAAAGGAUUUAAUAGGAAACAAACCUCAAAUUCAGAAGCUCUUAGAAUGGUUUAAAAAGUGGCAAAGCCCAAUCUCCGAAAGAAAACAAAAUGACAAAUAUUCGGCCCGUGCUAUUCUUAUAAGCGGUCCUCCAGGUAUAGGCAAAACAACAGCAGCAAGAAUAAUCACAAAAGACCUCGGAUAUCAGCCUGUAGAAUUCAAUGCAAGCGAUACUCGCAACAAACAGAUAAUUAUUGAUAAAGCUAACUUCUUCCCUCCGCGAGCGAACAAACAACUUGCUUGAUCAUGAAGGGGGUUAUUUGUUUUUAAAUUUUUGUAUACAAUGUUUUAAUUGAAUAAAGAAAUUAAAUGUGCAAUCGACUUCUUCUGUUAGUCUUUUAUUUUAAAUUUAUUAUUUUUUGAAAUCAUUCUUUGCAUUUACUUCCCCACCCUCCUUAAAUUGGAAUCAUUUAUAGCAAAUUUCACUUUCUCCAUAGCUGAAAAUACGAAUUUUAUGGCAUAAUUUAAUGCAAAAAGUGCUAAUAGAAUUUAUUUAAAACAGUUUCCACACUGAAUCGAUUAAAUUGUAAAAUUAAUCUUCAUAAAAAUAAAUUAAAAAAUCAAAUUAAUGCUCAAUUUUUAAUAAAAUUAAUUUUAUAGAGAAAAAUUUUUUAUAAUUUUUUUUUAAAGAAAAAAUUAGCCCUUCUUAAAAUUGGAACAGGAUAUUUUGUUCAAUUUAAAGGGGGAUUAUGGUGGUGAACCCUUUGAAUAUAUAUAAAAUAAACCUUAUAAUCAUUAUUUUUCAAUAUUAUUCUCAUUAUUUAUAUUAAUUAUAAAUAAGAAACAAUACAUAAUAUAAAUUAACUUUUUUGUUUGCUCACGGAGGAUGGGUUUUUGGUCAAAAUUAGGGAUUUUCCAAUGGUCUUGUUGUUCAUAGAGGGAGUAAGCCAUUUUGUUUGAACACUUCUAUUAGAGGUCCUCAUUCAGUUGGAAAAGGAGUUUUAAUUAUGGAUGAAGUUGAUGGGAUGACCACAGGGGAUGAAGGAGGAAAUGCUGCCUUAAUUGAAUUAAUAAAACUCACAAAAAUUCCAAUUAUAUGCAUUUGUAAUGAUAGGCACUCCACAAAAAUCAAAUCCCUAGCUAACUAUUGCUUAGAUUUGAAAUUUUACAAUCCAAAUAAAGAUGAAAUCGCAAAUAAAAUUAAAGAAAUUGCAGAAAAAGAAGAACUUGAAAUUAACUACUUCCAAGCCAAAGAAAUUGCACAAAUUUCAAAUGGGGACAUGAGGCAAGCUUUAAAUUUAUUAGAAUUAGUGAAAAAAGGAAGCGAUUUAAGGAACUCCGGAAAAGACAAGGCUGUAUGUUUGUCUAAUUUUGAGGCAGCAAAAGAGCUAUUUAACCAAAAAAAAAAUAAAUUUGAGAGCAAAAUUGAUUUAGUUUUGAUUGAUUAUGAUUUUAUUCCUAUGCUAGUCCAAGAAAACUAUAUAGACGUAACUGAAAAAUUAUCUGACAUUUCAGAAUCAGCUGACUCAAUAGCCUUAUCUGACAUAAUCAUGUCUCAAAUAAAAGGUCAGCAAAAUUGGUCACUCCUUCAUAAUUUCGCCACGACUUCCUCAAUAAUCCCCACAUCCUUUACAAACCAAUACAUAGACGUCCUACGAUUCCCUGAGUUACGCUCAAAAGGAUCAUCUCUAAACAAAUCAAACCGAAUCUUUAUAGAAACCAAGCAAAGCUUAAUGCACACUUCCCUAGGCGUCUGCAAUGAAGGUAUCGAAAACUACGCCAAUUGUUUAUAUUCCUGGGUAAUCCAGCUAUUAAACGAAGAAAAAAUUGAUGAAGCUGUAGAAGUCCUGCUAAAUUAUAGGAUAAAUACUGAUAUGCUUAAAGAGCAUCUUCCACAUUUUUCUACCUUAGAAAUGAAAGAGGCAUAUUCAAAAAUUUCAAAAUCUGUUAAAACCAAGCUUUCCAAGAGGAUUUUCACAUCUCAAAAAACAGUGAAAACAAGUGAAGAAGCUGAAGAUGAAGAGACUGAAGCGAGUGUUAUGGUAGAAUUAAUCUAA